AUGUCUUCCAACGGCCAAGACGGAUCUCAAAUGACCAACGGAACUGACAACAACCUCAGUGAAGGCAACCUCAACAACGUCCCGGAUGAAAGUGGCGUCGACCGCUACUCUCAGUCGUCCUCGUCGGACUCACCGUACUAUGCUCAUGCAGGCAUGGGAGACCGUUCAGACCACAUGAACCAACUAUCAAGCCAGUUGGAUGCAUCAGACGAGCUAUUGAAGAACUGA